AUGACCCCUACCAACUGCAAUCGGCCCGCCCCUCAGGUUUCAAAUAUCUGGUCAACUCACUCCCCACCUGCUUUCCUCCCCGUGCCCCUGCCCGGCUGUCCUCGUUUUCCCCCCACCCUCGUGGUGACACCUACACCCACCCGUCGCAUGUCCCCCAUCUCCACCUCGGGUCCGGCCUCCCAACCACAUCCUCCCCCCCUCGCCACCCCGCUGACCCCCCCGCGCUCUACCCGCUCCCCGCCACCAACCGCUGCAUUUCUCCACGGGUUGCUGUUAGCGCAGCCAGACUCUCACAACAAAACCAACAUAACAAAACAUCACCAACUUCACAUAAAACACGAAGCAAAACUAAACCGAAAAUCCAAGAACAAAAACUACAACACCCUCAUCUACACACCCCAUUUCCUUAACACACAACACAAAUACCACUACCCUCCAACACUACAACCUUUAACAAAGCCCCACAACCACACAUCUAAAUCCCUCCACACAACUCCACUAACUUACAAUCACAAUACAGUCAACCACCACACCGACUAUCACAUAACCUUUAACACAACAGUCAACAACCUACAUCAUACACAACACGAAACAAACACACAUCUAUACAAAGUCCGACAGCCAGAGACGUGUUCUGGGCGUCGAGACUUUGGUUACAAUGUCUUCUUCAUUGACCAGAAAAGGAUGGGAGUUCUGCAAAGCGAGGUGCGAAUUAGUGAGCCCUCUGAUGGCCAUGAGGCGAACCUGUCAGCCUACUCAAAGACUUUAUUCAAGAAAUAUUUAAGGUUAUGUUCUCAGUAA